UUUUUUUUCAUUAGAUUAUAUAACAUUUUAAGCUGUCAUAUGGUCAUGUUUUAACAUGCCCCUCAUAUUUUAAAAUGUGCCCCACCUGUGGGGCAUGUUGCCCCAAUCUUUCAGAGCAAAUAAAGAAAAAGGUAAACACUGUAAUAAUGAAACAAAACCACAUAAUUGUACUAUACGUGUGAAAUUAAUGUGGAACAAAAUAAAUACUCUUAACCCCAUGUGGAUUUGCACAAACUGAGGAAGUCAAAAAGUGUUAGGUUGUGCUCCACUCUGCCCUACAUCAUGUAAUGCUUAUUUUCUUUGCUGUGAGACAAUGACCUUAAAAUACACUAAAAGCACAGCAUACAGUGAUCAUAAUAUAUUUAUCAUUUUAUUUGUGAGCUAUAAUCCAAAUCUUUAGAAUUCAUGCUCAAAUGUUCAUUGCUUCAUCACCAAUUGUAGAUCAACAUCGCAAGGAGCUCUGGAAACAGGUAGAAAAUGUAAACUGACAACAAGAUGACAUUUCCUUUCUGCUGUUUUUUCAGAGAUAGAAACUUUUUUUCCAGAACACUUAUGUAGAAAUGAAACUAAAAGUGUGGCAGGUUCAGGAAAUGUCGAUAUAUAAGGAAACAACAGUGCAUAAAUGCAUCUAAUCUGCUCAACUUGACAGCUGAAUCGACGACAGCCUCCUGUCCCACAGACAUUAUCUUGGAGAUAUAAGAGACAUUUGGAGCAGAUCUGUCGAUGGCUACACAGACAAUACAUUUUGUCACCUGGAAUGUUAAUGGACUUAAACGAAAAAAAGAUGAGAAAUUUCAAAAACUACAAAAUGCGGAUGUUGUUUUCUUUCAAGAGACACACAUUGGAGUAGGAGAUGAAAAUAUUAUAGAAGGUCUAAAAAAUGAGUGGCAUGUUUUCUACACAACGUUUACCUCCCAAAAGGGAACAGCCAUACUAGUCAGGAAAAGACUAGAUUUUGAAUGUAUAAGUGAUGAAAAAGAUAACUGUGGAGCUUAUGUUGUGUUGAGAUGUAAACUGGAAGGUCAGCUGUACACUCUUGUUAGUGUUUAUAACCAUGAAAAAGACACAAAAACCCUUGAACAACUUUCAAGGUACCUUCAGUCAAUGACCACAGGGCUGCUGGUGAUUGGUGGAGAUUUCAACAUGGUUCUCAAUCCAUUUAUCGACAAAGACAAUUCAAAAGUGGUGAAAGACAGGCCAAUUCACAGAAAGCUGCGCUGUUGUGUGAAUAAGUUAAUGAAAUCUUUUCAGUUAGUUGAUGUCUGGAGAAGAAAGAACCCUGUAAAUCAGUACUAUACAUUCCACAGUCAAAUGAUUGCAUCCAGGCUGGAUUACUUUUUUGUUCCAGAAGAAUGUAUGUGGCGUGUCAGAAGUUGUGAAAUCAGAGACUCAAAGAUGCGCGACCAUUGUCCUGUGUACUUGGAGAUCAACAAUGUUUCCACAACACUUUUUCAGAAAGAUCCCCAGAUACAAUCAGUCUUCCAAUGGCUGAAUCUAAAAAAGUAUCUUUUGACAGAUGAGACGGGUUCAUCACUGGGUGAAGAAAGCUCACAUGCAGUCAGUGGGGUGGACAUUGUGUCAGCUGUACAUUCUCUUCAACUGUCAGACACACCGAGACCAGAUGGCAUCCCGGUUUCCUUCUAUAAAGACAACAUCCAGGAUCUAAUUCCACACAUAAAGACACUCUAUGACAGAAUCCACAGCAGUGCAUUUAACUGCUCUGAGACACACUUUAAUGAAACUGUGAAAAGUCCACAUGAUGAUAGUCAACACUUUUUUAACGUUGACUACCUCAUCAUUGCAACUAUUCUGACAAAACAUCUAGAUGAUUUAUUGGAGUCUCAGUCAAAGUGUCUUGUACCAAAAAAAUCAGCUACUGUCAUGAUCACUCCCAAAACCUUCUGCACUGAGAUGAGGUUGUCUUGUAUUAAAGAUAAAAUAGAAGAGCAAAAAAGGUCAAACCCAAAUCUGUAUCAAGAUUUCCUCGUUGUGAAAAACCUUCUCAGAGAUGCACCAGAAGUAGGCACUGAACCUGUAGAUGUUUCAAUUGAGAGAGACAAACUGCUGGAUCAGGGCUGCCCUUUGACCCCAGUUCUCAUUACACUGGCUCUGAAAUGCUUUGCUUCCGCUUUAGCUGGCCAUUUAAAACAGAAUGAUAUUCUGGUUUUCAAAGAAAGUGUAAUACUUUGCAUCCAACCUGAGGACCUUGAGGAAGUCAUAGCUGCUGUGAGGAACACAGAUAAUGAAGUGUACUACAUUAAGGAAUUAUCCAAAGGAAAAAUGAAUGGCAAACAAUUAAAGUGCUUGGAAAGUGAGUCUAAGGAUGAGGAUUGGGAUAAAAGGAAGGAGGAAACACUUGUACAUAACACAGAGGACGAAUCAGAAGCCAGUUGGUCUAAAAUGGACAAAGGCAAUACUAAGAGGAGAGUGUGUGAAGAGCGUGAUUUUUUUCAGUCAAUUAUAAAUGAAGAAAAAGAUAUUUUGAUGGAGGGUGAUGGAAGACUGACCAUGUACGCAGUUGUCACCCUGCAAGACUCAGAUGAGGUGAUGGUGGUAGCAUCAAACUGGUUGAGCCUAGACAAGAAACAAAGUUACUGGCCCCCAUUCAGAUCACCAGAGAAGUGCAUGGAUGCUGUUCAGAACAGAGUUAAACCUGAAACAGGAGGGAAACCAUGGGAGAAAAUAAAUAUUAGCUUUCACAAAGAAUAUGCCUUUUUUGAUAUGGCAAAAGAGGGGCAAAAAGAAAUUACAGAACAAAAGGAACGAUAUUUUCUAGUAUCCACUGGAAUCCAUGGUGUAAAAAGACAAAGAUUUGAAAGCACUCAAGAAAUGUCAAAAAACUCACUUCUUCCUACACCAUCUACAUCCAGAAUGCCAGCUGACGACAAGGAUGAGCUCCUUCAAAUGCUGAGAGACAUCAAGAGCACAGUUCAGGAAAACUCUGCCAUGUUAAAGAAACUACUGAAAGACAAUACGGUUUCUGAAUCCCCCAGCAGUACCAGCUUGCCCACUGAAGAUAUAGAAACAGACCUCAAUCUGCCUCUUAGAACCAUUGAAGAUGUGGUCAGGACUGAAAUGGAGCUCAGUAAUGCAACAACACGUGAAAAAUAUGUAAAAUAUUUGUCAAGGAUUAGAGGUUUUGGGGCCAAGAAUGUCAUUCAGAAUAUUAUGCAGCACGUCCUAACAGAUGAUCUGGCUAAGGAGUUCAACUGGCAAGGGAGAGGAGAGAAAAAGGCCUUCUCUAAGCUUAUUUUAACAGACGUAAUACGAGAUGCUGCAUCAAAACACAGUGUAACGAGGACAGACUGUGAAUCUGAAAUAAAAAAUUAUUUAUGGUACACAAUUGAUCGACUUGGUCGGAAGAGACCAUGAGUUUGUGGAGGGGUGACUUGAGAAGUGACUUCUCCCUGAAUGAUGGACAGCACCUUCCAGUCAGAGAUUGGAAUGUCUUUUAUUGAUGACUGAGUUUUGGAACAUUUACUCAUAGGUCAUGUAAGCUUUACUGCUUAGAUUAAACAUUCAUUUUGUAUAGGACUAUGCUAUGAAUAUGCUAUGUGUUCUUGCGAAAAUACUUACAUAGUUUCUAUUUUUUAAAGCUAAAUAUAAUUUCUCUUUGGGAAAUAAUGAAAUACUGGAGAAUGUGUUUGACUAUUAUCACUGUAUGCAUGGACAGGUUUUCAGGUGUAGGACAGUAGUGGUUUUAGCAUGUAUGUUCAUCAAUAACAAAUAACUCAAAUGCAUGUAAUUUGCUAUAAAUAGUUUUUAAUCCA